AUGAAGACCUUCUCCCCUUCUCUCCUUUAUCACCAUCUUCUCCUUUCCCUCCUAGUGAUCCUCCUCCAUGCCCGGCAAUGUCCAGCUGCAGGUGGAUCAUGGUCCGUCCUCCUCCCAAGCAUUGGCAUCUCCGCCAUGCACAUGCAGCUGCUCCCUAACGAUCGUGUUGUAACAUAUGAUCGUACAGACUUUGGUGUCUCCAACAUCUCUCUUCCAAAUGGCAAAUGCCGCCCUAACUCAACAGAUUGCUCAGCCCACUCGGUGGAGUAUGAUGUUGGUUCCAAUACAGUACGUCCACUCAUGGUUUUAACUAAUGUGUGGUGUUCUUCAGGAACCCUAAUGCCAGAUGGCACCUUGAUCCAGACAGGUGGAUGGGCUGAUGGUUACCGGAGGGUGAGAACUUAUAAAUCAUGUAGCAAAUGCGAUUGGAAGGAGAUACCAGAUGGGUUGAAUCAACAGAGAUGGUAUGCCACCAAUCACUUGUUGCCGAACGGAAGACAAAUUAUCAUCGGAGGACGCCAGGCAUUUAAUUACGAAUUCUACCCCAAAAAGUCGGCUACUGAGAACUCUCCCAGCUUUCCAUUUUUGGUUCAGACUAAUGACCCAAAUGUUGAGAAUAACUUAUACCCUUUUGUAUUUCUCUAUCCUGAUGGAAAUUUGUUUGUUUUUGCCAAUAAUCGUGCAAUCUUAUUCGAUUACUCCAAGAACCAAGUUGUAAAGACAUACCCAACAAUACCCGGUGGUCAACCAAGGAACUACCCAAGCACGGGAUCUGCAGUACUGCUCCCUUUGCGGAUAAAAAAGGGGGAAAUAGAUGCUGUGGAAGUAUUGGUUUGUGGGGGUGCACCUACAGGAGCAUUUGUUAAUGCAAAUAAUGGAAAAUUUGAUGGAGCUCUUGAUACUUGUGGGAGGAUCAAAAUAUCGGAUCCAAAUCCACAAUGGGUCAUGGAGACCAUGCCUAUGGCUCGAGUGAUGGGUGACAUGUUGUUGCUUCCCAAUGGCCAUGUUUUGAUCAUCAAUGGUGCAUCAGCUGGAGUUGCAGGGUGGGAACUUGGGAGGAACCCUGUUCUUAGCCCUGUGAUUUAUACACCUGAUAACCAAAUCGGGUCUCGAUUCGAGGUGCAAAAUCCAAGCACAAAACCUAGAGUUUACCAUUCCACAGCGGUUCUACUACGAGAUGGUCGUGUUCUUGUUGGUGGAAGCAAUCCUCAUGAUAAAUAUGUCUUCACAAAUGUUCUUUACCCAACUGAAUUGAGUCUGGAGGCCUUUUCGCCUUCUUAUUUGGAAUCAAACUCGUCUUCUAUGCGACCGAGGAUAAUCUCACCCAAGAACAAAUCCAAUAUACGCUAUGGAAAGAGGGUGGCUAUUACAUUCACGGUUUCAGGCCCAGUGGACCUAAAAUUGGUCACUGUGACAUUGAUGUCACCUUCAUUUAACACCCACUCGUUUUCUAUGAAUCAAAGGUUGCUGGUGCUUGACAGCGCCAACUCCGCCAAGGCUGUCGGAAAGUCGACUUAUAAAGUUGGUGUGGUGGCGCCUCCAUCUGGUAACAUUGCACCGGCUGGGAAUUAUAUGUUGUUUGUGGUUCAUAAAGACAUUCCAAGUCCGGGAAUCUGGGUCCAAAUCCGGAGAUGA